AUCUAUAUCCUUAAUUCCUCUGUUUCUAUGUUAAUUGUCGUUAAUCAAUGUGUUGUUAUGUAAAUUCUCACACUAGAGAAUCUAUAUCCUUAUUUCCUCUGUUUCCAAAGUUGAUUGAAACUUGCAUGAUGAGUUCCUAUGUCAGAAUGAGACCAUGAACGCAGAAGCAAGUGCCACUCAAACAAGGGUGGAGACGGUGGAAUAUCGAUCCUCGGCCGGGCAACCGCAAGAACAGAGGAAGGUGGAGGUGAUUCACCAGCACCAGCACCAUCCCAACACCACCACCAAAACCAAAACCAGCGGUGGCAUUCUUACUGAAGCCGCAGCUGCCGUGUCGUCUACUCUGGAGUCUGCAAAGGAUGCCUUGUCCAAGAAUUAAUGUCAACUCAGGAUGUCCCAUUCCCAUAGAUAAUUCAGCAUCUAAACAAGUUUGUUUAGGCCAUGUAAAUUUGGCUUGGUUUAUGUUUCAUUUGUAUCUUCUGUUUUUGCUAUGGCUAGCUGCACCUUUUAUUAUUAUUAUGAUCAUUUUUUUUAAUUUGUCAA